AAAAAAAGAAAAAUGCCAUGUAUUUCUCCAAACUUGCGCCUCCUCUUCUUUCCUGUAAAACCGGCUCUCUCUCUCCCUCUCUUCAUCUCUAAACCCAAUCCAAAACCCUUCUCUCUCUUCACCCUCCUCGCUUCCUCCUCUCCCUCAAAACGACCACGUUCCGUUCCCUAUCGUGAUUCUCUCAACCUUGCCAGAAGGAGAAGCAGCACUUUCAACGAGCGGAAAGGCAGAGGCAGAGAAGUGGCAAUGGAGGAAACAGUUGAGGAGUCAGGAGGCUCUUCUUCUUCGUCUUUUGGGUUUAAUAAAAGAAGGGCAGAAGGGAAAGAUAAGAGUGAUAGGCCUAACAAGAAUCCUCAGUUAAAAGAACGCAAGCUUAAUCCCACUAAUACUAUUGCAUAUGUUCAGAUUUUGGGGACUGGGAUGGAUACACAGGACACAUCACCUUCAGUCUUGCUUUUCUUUGACAAGCAAAGAUUUAUUUUUAAUGCUGGGGAGGGACUGCAACGAUUUUGCACAGAGCAUAAAAUUAAGUUGUCAAAGAUAGAUCACAUAUUUCUCUCUCGUGUCUGCUCAGAGACUGCGGGUGGACUUCCAGGUUUGCUGCUGACUUUGGCUGGCAUGGGAGAAGAAGGGUAUACUGUCAAAAUUUGGGGCCCCUCAGAUCUCAAUUUUUUAGUUGGUGCGAUGAAAUCUUUUAUUCCACAUGCUGCUAUGGUUCACACACAGAGCUUUGGACCGGCUUCCACUUCGGAUGAUGCUGCUGAUAUGCCUACUCCAAGUAAAGUUGCAGAUCCUAUUGUUCUUGUUGAAGAUGAGGUUGUCAAAAUAUCAGCAAUUCUCCUACAACCACAUUGCUCGGGACAGUCCCAAAUAAAGCCCGGUGAAAUGUCUGUGAUAUAUGUAUGUGAAUUGCCUGAGCUUAUGGGGAAAUUUGACCCAAAAAAGGCUGCGGCUCUGGGCCUAAAAGCUGGGCCAAAGUAUGGGGAGCUGCAACAUGGUAAAUCUGUGAAGUCAGACAGCCUAGAUAUCAUGGUUCAUCCAAGUGAUGUAAUGGAUCCUCCUGUUCCUGGUCCCAUUGUCUUCCUGGUUGACUGUCCAACAGAAUCUCAUGUACAGGAAUUGUUGUCCAUAGAAUGCCUCAAUGGAUAUUAUACAGAUGUAUCAGGUCACCUGACACAAGGUACUAAACCAGUGAACUGUGUCAUUCAUUUAAGUCCUGCUUCUGUUGUAAGCAGUCCCAACUACCAGAAAUGGAUGAAGAAAUUCGGUUCAGCACAACAUAUUAUGGCUGGACAUGAAACGAAGAAUCUGGAGGUUCCAAUUCUAAAAUCAAGUGCAAGAAUUGCAGCACGACUUAAUUACUUAUGCCCACAGUUCUUUCCAGCUCCAGGUUUCUGGUCUCUUCAGCACCUUAAUUACAAAGAAUCAGAUGCUAUUGCUUCAAGAGAGGGUCGCGCUUCAAAGAUCUGUGAAAGCAUUUCUGCUGAAAAUCUCUUAAAGUUCACAUUGCGUCCUUAUGCUCAGCUGGGGCUGGACAGAUCUCAUAUUCCAACUUUGAUAGGUCAAUCUGAAGUAAUUGAUGAACUGCAUUCAGAAAUUCCAGAGAUUGCAGAUGCUGCACAACAGGUCAGACAGUUAUGGCGUGGGCUUAAAGGAAGUAGAGAGGAGUUAACUCCUUUGAAUGAUAAUAGAGUUAUAGUUGAAGAGCCAUGGUUGGCUGAAAAUACUCUGCCUAAUUGUCUGGAAAACAUAAGGAGAGAUGACCUGGAAAUUGUGCUUCUUGGGACAGGUUCAUCCCAGCCUUCUAAGUAUCGUAAUGUUAGCUCUGUCUAUAUCAAUCUUUUCUCCAAAGGAAGUUUGCUCUUGGACUGUGGAGAAGGAACCCUGGGACAACUGAAAAGAAGAUAUGGUGUAGAUGGUGCAGAUACUGCUAUUAGAAAUCUCAAAUGCGUUUGGAUCUCUCAUAUUCAUGCUGAUCACCACACCGGUUUGGCGAGAGUGCUUGCUCUGAGACGUGAUUUAUUGAAGGGAGUGCCACAUGAACCAUUGCUGGUUAUAGGGCCACGACAGCUUAAGCGAUAUUUAGAUGCAUAUCAAAGACUUGAAGAUCUUGAUAUGCAGUUCCUUGACUGUAGGAGCACCACAGAAGCUUCAUGGGAUACUUUUGAGAGCGAUAAAGAAUCCAAUAAUGAUGGAUCAUCUCCAGGAAGUCCAAGACAUUCAAAUGUCAACAAUGAAAGCAUGCAAGAUAUUAAUGGAACUUUGUUUGCUAGAGGAAGCCGCAUGCAGAGCUAUUGGAGGCGACCAGGCAGUCCAGUUGACCAUUCUGCAGCUUAUCCAUUCCUGAAGAACUUGAAGAAAGUGCUAGGAGAAGCAGGAUUAGAGGCUUUAGUUAGUUUUCCUGUCGUGCACUGUCCCCAGGCAUUUGGCAUUGUUUUGAAAGCUGCAGAGCGUGUCAACAGCGUUGGAAAAGUGAUCCCAGGGUGGAAGAUUGUGUACUCAGGUGACACUAGGCCCUGUCCAGAACUGGUAGAUGCAUCUCGUGGUGCAACAGUUCUCAUACAUGAGGCAACUUUUGAGGAUGGAUUGGUUGAGGAGGCCGUCGCGAGAAACCACAGCACAACCAAGGAAGCCAUUGAAGUGGGAAACUCUGCUGGUGCUUAUCGCAUUGUCCUAACCCAUUUCAGCCAAAGAUACCCGAAAAUUCCUGUAUUUGAUGAGACACACAUGCACAAGACAUGCAUUGCUUUUGACAUGAUGAGCAUUAACAUAGCAGAUUUGCCUGUGCUCCCCAAAGUUGUUCCAUACCUUAAAUUGCUUUUCAGAAACGAGAUGGCAGUUGAUGAGUCAGAUGAUGUUAUAGAUACUGUGGGUGUAGCUUCCUAACAACUAAUGAAUUAAUUGUUUUUGGCAAUUCGCAUAUUUCUCUCCUGAUUAAGAGCUUUCAUUUUCCA